UUUUAUUGAUUUUUUCAUUACAGGCUCUAGGAAAUUUGAAAUUUUUAUACCUCAGCGACUCUUUGGAGCUGACCAGAGUUCCAGAGUUGUCUAGCAUUCCAAAGCUUGAGUUAUUAUUUUUGGACGGAUGUAGAAGCUUGAUUGAGAUUCCUAGCAGCAUUGGCGAGUUGAAAUGUUUAAAAGAAAUUUCUCUCAUUGGUUGCGAAGAACUGCAUAGUAUUCCACAAAGCAUCUGCAAUCUGAAAUUUCUUACACAGGUUGAUAUCUCAUAUUGUUUGAAUGUCACUGAAUUGCCAGAGAACAUAGGGGAUUUAGAAUUACUGGAGUUCCUUUGUAUUAUUGCAAGUGGAAUAAAAACAUUACCAUCCUCCAUCAAUCAACCGAAAAAUUUGAGAGACUUGGCGUGUGGUGAAUGUGAAGGUUUGGCAUUGCCUCCUUUGACAGGUUUGUCCCGUUUAUGGAGGAUUGAUUUACGUGACACUGGUAUGUUAGAAAUUCCCCAGAGUAUUUGGGAUUUAGUGUUAUUGUCACAUUUACAUUUAGGUGGAAACAAUUUUGAGAGCAUACCUGCAAGCAUUAAACAACUACCUAAGUUGAAAUGUCUUGGAUUAAAUGAUUGCAAGAGACUUAAAUAUUUACCAGAGCUUCCAUGCUUAGAAGAUAAAGAUGAAGACGUCUUAUACGAAAACGAAGAAACGUAUCUUGACUUUCAUAAUUGCAUCAAUUUGGAUAAGGAUGUAUGUGAGAAAGUAACGGAGGAUGUAUUUGAAAAGCAUCUGUUGCAACACAAGAUUGUUAAAUUAUGUAUAGUUGGGAAUGAAGUGCCUCAAAGGAUGAGAUAUAAGAACCAGAGUGGAUCUUCUCUUUCAUUCACAGAACAACUUCCUAACUUGAUUGGUUUUUCUUUUUGUGCUGUUUGUGAUCCCAAAAAUUGUUCGGGUGAUGAAAUGAAUGAAAUUAGUUGCGAAGCCCAAUUGAUAGAUAAAUCUGGACGUCGGAGUAAAGAUUUCCGUUUCCAUUGGGUGAGUCCAAGGGUAGCUGAUGAUUUAUUAUAUUCAGAGCAUGUGUUCCUUUGGAAUCAUAGGUUCGACAUGGAAGACAGUAUCGUUAAGGCCUCAUUUCAGUUCUACAUUCACAUGGGGUCAUACGGGACAACAUAUCAUGAGGAUUCUGCUUUUGAGACGAUAAUUAAGUGUGGAGUACAACCUAUUUUUCGAGACUAUGGAAGCAACCUCACACAACUUCAGAAUGGAGAUAAGCCUCUUGGAAAUUUGAAAAUUUUAAACCUUGGCGGUCCUUUCGAGCUGACCAGAGUUACAGACUUGUCUAUCUUUCCAAAUCUUGUGGUUUUACGUUUGAGCGAAUGUAGUGGCUUGAUUGAGAUUCCUAGCAGCAUUGGCGAGUUGAAAUGUCUAAAAAAGGUUUUUCUCAGUCAUUGUGAAAAACUGCAGAGUAUUCCACAAAGCAUCUGCAAUCUGAAAUCUCUUACAGACCUUGAGAUCUCAUAUUGUUUGAAUGUCAAUGAAUUGCCGGAGAACAUAGGGGAUUUAGAAUUGCUGGAGACCCUUGAUAUAUCUGGAAGUGGAAUAAAACCAUUACCAUCCUCCUUCAAUCAAUUGCAAAAUUUGGGAGAGUUAACCUGUGGUAAAUGUGAAGGUUUGACUUUGCCUCCUUUGACAGGUUUGUCCCGUGUAAAGAGAAUUGUUUUAGGUGGUACUGGCAUAUUAGAAAUUCCCCAGAGUCUUUUGUUUUUAGUCUCACUGAGAUACUUGGAUUUAGGCGAAAAUAAUUUUGAGAGCAUACCUGCUAGCAUUAGACAACUGUUUAAGUUCAGUUAUCUUUUCUUAAAUGAUUGCAAGAGACUUAAAUUUUUAGAAGACAAAGACGAAGACGAAGAUGAACACGAACAAGACACAUAUCUUGAGUUUCAAAAUUCCAUCAAUUUGGAUAAGGAUGUAUGUGAGAAAUUAAAGGAGUAUGUAUUUGAAAUGCAUCUGUUGAAAAAAAAGGUUGUUAAAUUAUGCAUAUUCGGGGAUGAAGUGCCUCAAAGGAUGAGAUAUAAGAACCAGAUUGGAUCUUCUCUUUCAUUCACACUAGAUCAGCCUAACUUGAUUGGUUUUUCCUUUUGCGCUGUUUGUGAUCCCACAAAUUUUUUGGGUGAUGAUAUGGCUGACAUUACUUGCGAAGCCCAAUUCAUAGAUAAAUCUGGACAUAGCAAUAAAAAAUUCCGUUUCGAUUGGGUGACUGUGAAAGAUGUUAAUUUAUUAUGUUCAGAACAUGUAUUCCUUUGGAAUGACUCGUUCGACAUGGAAGAUGGUCCCGUUGCGGCCUCAUUCCAGUUCUUCGUUGACAGGGUGUUCAUCAAGGCAAAAUAUCGCAAGGAUCGUGAUUACAGUGCUAUAAUUAAGUGUGGGGUACAUCCUAUGUUUGGAGAUGAUUGUGUUGGCAGAGAUAAUAAAAAGAGAAGCAGAAGUCAAGAAGAUGAAGAUGACGAACUUUCUUUUCAAAGAUUGAAACAAGACGAAGAACCUUCUCAUACACUGGAUAAAUCAGAUUCAGAAUGACAACAGGUCUCCUCUUUGGUUGCAGAUUGAGGCUUGGAGACAUUUGUGGGUGACUUUCCUGCAUAUUUUGCUGCAGCUCUCGACUUGGUUUUGUGGCUACCUAGACCUUUGGUUUUUGUUAUUCUGGCAUUUGUUCAGUUGUGUAUCUAGACUUCCAUUAGCUAUCUUUUGUAAUGCAACUUUGAUGCUGUCUUGUUA